CUGACUUUAGCCCUCCCAUUUUCUCACCAAGAGCCAAAGCUGAGACACAGCAACAGUGCGCCAAAGCAGGCAAUCGCUGAAGAGUGGGUGAACUUUUUUUGUCCAUAUUUUUUUUCUCAAGGUCCACUCUCUCAGGACAAAUAUGCUUCACCUGACAGCAGGACGAGUCGGGGGCUUGUUUUCCAGGCGCGCGGUGGUGGGACUGACCAACAGUGGUGCGAGGAUGUCAAGCCACCACGAGGUAUCUGACCAAGUGGACAUGUCCCAGCCAAUGUACUGGGAUCGUCUGGACACCCCUCUGCCAGACAGAGCAUGGAUUGAUGUCCUUGAUUCUAAGGAUAAGAGUCUGAAACAGAAGGAGAAGGGGCCAUGGACUGCACUGUCCAAGGAGGAAAAAAUUGCCUUGUACAGGCUGAAGUUCAACCACACCUACCCUGAGAUGAAGAAGCCGUCCCAUGAGUGGAAGACCGUGAUUGGUGGGAUGUUCAUCUUCUUUGGCAUCACUGGUCUGGUGGUGUUUUGGCAGGGCCACUAUGUGUACCCACCUCAACCUCACACUUUUGGUGAGGAGUGGCAGGCUAAGCAGAUCCAGAGGAUGCUGGACAUGCGGGUCAACCCAAUUGAGGGCUUUUCUGCCAAGUGGGACUACAAGAACAAACAAUGGAAGUAAAUUAAGUAAUGGAAUGGACGGGAUACUGUACUGAAAUGAGGAGUGGUUGGACUUGACAACACCUUGAGCCUCUGUUUAGCCAACAGCCUCUCCUUCCACCAUAGCUACCCAUCUGAAUCCAUCCCCAUACUGUUUAAGUAAAAAAAAAAAAAAAAAAACGGUUGGCUUUCUUCUCUCUCCAUCUAUCUGAGAAAAAAUGUCUAACAAUAUGGGCUGCUUGUCCUAAUUUCUGCUUUAGCAUUCCAGUGGUAUUGUGUCUGGUUUGGCCAUAAAGGAAGUGAGUAUUGCGGGUUA